UGACCAAAGUGUCCCAAAAAUACACUGGCCUCGGUAGGAACAGCAACUUCAGCAGAAACUUUAGAGUUGGUUUCACGAAGAAGACGUUGUUUUUGUGGUUCCCCGACCCAUUCUACGAUUGAUAAACCACAAAAGAAGAACAUAACAGCACUGACAAGCAAACGCAGCUGAUCUGAAAUACAAAGAAAACAAACAAUGGGUGUCCCGAAAUUUUAUCGGUGGAUUUCGGAGCGCUAUCCUUGUCUGAGCGAAGUUGUAAAGGAGCACCAGAUUCCAGAAUUUGAUAACCUCUAUUUGGAUAUGAAUGGAAUUAUUCAUCAGUGCUCGCAUCCUAAUGAUGAAGAUGUCCACUUUCGAAUAUCAGAAGAAAAAAUAUUUACAGACAUCUUCCAUUAUUUAGAAGUGCUGUUUCGCAUUAUUAAGCCAAGGAAAGUUUUUUUCAUGGCAGUUGAUGGGGUUGCCCCAAGAGCAAAAAUGAACCAGCAGCGUGGAAGGCGUUUUAGGUCUGCAAAAGAAGCGGAAGAAAAAAUCAAGAAGGCAGUAGAAAAGGGAGAGACUCUUCCUACAGAGGCCAGGUUUGACUCCAAUUGUAUUACACCAGGGACGGAAUUCAUGGCCAGACUUCAUGAGCAAUUAAAGUAUUUUGUAAAUAAUAAGAUAACUACAGACAAGUCAUGGCAAGGGGUCAAAGUGUUCUUAUCAGGUCAUGAGACACCUGGUGAAGGGGAACAUAAAAUCAUGGAAUUCAUUAGGUCUGAAAAAGCAAAGCCUAAUCAUGAUCCCAAUACAAGACACUGCCUUUAUGGUCUAGAUGCUGAUCUGAUCAUGCUUGGAUUGACAAGCCAUGAGCCACACUUCUCUCUUUUGAGGGAGGAAGUCAGGUUUGGUGGGAAAAAAUCACAGAAAAGGAUAACUGCCCCGGAAGAAACAACAUUUCAUUUAUUGCAUUUGUCACUAAUGAGAGAGUAUAUUGACUAUGAGUUUUCAAUAUUACGGAAAACUAUUCCAUUUCAUUAUGACCUUGAGCGUAUAAUUGAUGAUUGGAUUUUGAUGGGGUUUCUCGUGGGAAAUGACUUUAUACCUCAUCUACCUCAUUUGCAUAUAAACCAUGAUGCACUGCCACUACUUUACAGAACUUAUAUUAGUGUCUUGCCAAAACUGGGGGGUUACAUUAAUGAAAAUGGAAAUUUAAAUCUGAAUCAUUUUGAGAAGUAUCUUGGAAAGCUUUCAGAGUUUGACCGAGAGCACUUUAGUGAAGUGUUUGUAGAUCUGAAGUGGUUUGAGAGCAAAGUUGGAAAUAAAUACUUAAAUGAGGCUGCAGGCAUGGCAGCUGAAGAAGCAAGAAAUCAUAAAGGGAAAAGACUCAAGAAACAAGAAGAUGCCCUUUGUUUAGCUGCAUUUGAUGGAAACAAAGAACCUGCAGAUGUUCCUACCAAAGAGUUGCCUGAUGAUGAGACUGAUGAAGACUUAUUUGAAACAGAGUUUAGGCAGUAUAAAAGAACAUACUACAUGACCAAAAUGGGGGUUGAAGUGGUAUCUGAUGAAUUCCUGGCUAAUCAAGCAGAGUGUUAUGUUCAAGCAAUACAAUGGAUUUUGCACUACUACUACCAUGGAGUUCAGUCUUGGAGCUGGUACUAUCCUUACCAUUAUGCACCUUAUUUGUCAGAUAUUCGCGGCAUCAGCACAAUAAAGCUUGAAUUUACAAUGGGAAAACCCUUUAUGCCGUUUGAGCAGUUACUGGCAGUUUUACCAGCUGCAAGUAAAGAUCUAUUACCUAUUUGCUAUCAGAAUUUAAUGACUUCAGAGAACUCUCCAAUCUUUGAUUAUUAUCCUCUCGAGUUUAAAACGGAUCUUAAUGGUAAACAGCAAGAAUGGGAAGCUGUGGUUUUAAUUCCAUUUAUUGAUGAGAAACGUUUACUGGCAGCUAUGGAACCCUGUAAUAAUUUUCUGACUGAGGAAGAAAAGCAAAGAAAUCGACACAGUGCAUGUGCAGCAUAUUGGUUUGAUAAAGAACUAGAGUUCUAUUACCCUUCUCCACUGCCUAAGCUUUUUCCUUCUGUUCAGAAGUGCCAUGCAAGGUCUGAACUAAUACCAAUGGAUGCUUGGCAUGUUGAUGUCUCCUACAUUGGAAAUAAAGUUGAUAAUAGCGCUCUCUAUUUUUGUGGUUUUCCAACAUUAAAGCAUAUAAAACAUUCAUUCUUCUUAAAGAAAGCUGGAGUACAAGUGUUUCAGCAGAGUAGUCGGGGUGAAAAUAUGAUGCUGGAAAUAACACUUAAUGAUCAAAAGGAACUGAUUAGUGAUGAUGUUGCUUCUUUGGUGCUUGGUAAAUCAGUAUUUGUAAACUGGCCUCAUUUAGAAGAAGCCCGAGUUGUUGCUGUCUCGGAUGGAGAAACCAAAUUUUACUUGGACGAACCUCCUGGAAUUCAGAAACUAUAUUCAGACAAAACAGUGCCACCAACAAGAGUUGUUUAUUUAAAUGACAAAGAAGAAUCCAUUUGGAUGAAAGAAGUGCAAGGCAUCACAGAAUUUUACCAUAAAAGGAAAGGCAUCAUUAUAAAUGAGACGGCAGUCUUGCUAUUUGCCCAGCUGCUGACAGGGCGUAAAUAUGUACUGACUUCGAAAGGAGAUGUUGUUUUGGAAAAGCAGUGGUCAAAGCAGAUUUUGCCCUUUGCUUAUCAAGCUACAGUUAAUGACAUUGUGGCUUUUGAUUCCAGUUUUUGCCAUUAUAAAACAGUUGACGAAUUAUUCUCACCAUCAACCACUGUUUUUAUGCUUGGAAAUACAUACUAUGGAGCCAUGGGAGAGGUCCAAGAUUCGGCUGAUGUUGUUAAAGAAGGACGAAUCCGUGUUCUUUUUACAGUUCCUUGUGAACCUCAGCUUGAAGCCUUAAUGCAAAAUCAGCAUAAAUACUCAGUAAAGUACAGUCCUGGCUAUGUUUUAGCUAGUCGACUUGGAAUAAGUCCGUAUCUUGUCUCCAGGUUUUCAGGAAGCAUCUUUGUUGCAAGAGGUUCGAGAAAAAAUCAACAUGGAGAGCAGAAAUCAAAUAUUGGACUAAAUCUCAAAUUUAACAAGAAAAAUGAAGAAGUUCCUGGCUACACUAAAAAGUCUGGGAAUGAAUGGCUAUACUCUGUUGCUGUAGAAGAACUCCUUGCAGAAUAUCUUGAGAGGUUCUCUGAAGUUUUCAACUACGUUUCCAAAAAUAAUAAUGAGGACAUUUUUUAUGAGGAUGACAUUUGGCCAGGACAAGAUGAAAAUGGGGCAGAAAAGGUUGAGGAAAUUAUAACAUGGCUGAAAACAAAUCCUGUCAGCUCAUGCUCACGGGCAUCCUGUGACUUGCAAGUACUUGAUGCUGCAAUCAUUCUGAAGAUAGAAGAAGAAGUAGAGAAAUGCAAACUAAAAAGAAGCAAUAAGAAAGUGAGAGUCACUGUGAAACCACAUCUUUUGUACAGACCUCUUGAACAACAGUAUGGAAUUAUUCCUGAUAAAGAUGCAGAUUACCGACUUUUUGACAGGGUGGUGAAUGUCCGUGAUUGCUUCACUGUUCCUUUGGGUCUCCGGGGCACCGUUACAGGAAUUAAAGGAGCUGACAGAGAAUCUGAAAUACUUUAUGAAGUAAUCUUUGAUGAAGAAUUUGCAGGUGGCCUCACAAUAAGGUGCUCACCAGGCCGUGGAUACAGACUUUCUCCAAGUGCCUUAAUAAAUCUGUCACAUGGUUAUCGGCUUGAAUAUGGAGGUCAGAAGCUGACUGCCAUAGUGAAACCACAACAACAACCAGCAGCAGCAUACUUUAGCACACAGAAGGUACAAAUUGGUGGCCUUAACCACUCUCCACGUUCACCAUUUGUACCUACUAAGCAGCUUAAUGGAAAACAACAAUGUAAUCCCAAAAGUGAAAAUCAAAUAAACUGGCAUGGACCACAAAGAAUGAUUAACCAAAAAAAUAUACAGAAGGAUAAAGAUGAUGAAUAUUCAAAUGUGUGGCAUUCAUUACAAAUGUCUGGAAAUCCUAGAAGUUCUUCACAGCUCUGGGAGGACAGUUCAAGUAAACAUGGAUCUGGAGGAGGCUACCAGACUCAAAACACAAUGAAAACACAGCAGCGUCUUAAGCAUGAACACUCCGUUGCUCAAGGAUAUUCUAAAAAAUAUCCAGAUGAUGAUAAAGGCCAUUAUAUUGAGUCUUCUCAGCAGACUGUCAGAGCCCAAACCAAGCAGAAUCCAUGUGUAAAUGAGAAGCCAACUAUUCGCCUUCUAAAGAAAAGUGAAGAUAUAUCUGAUAUGUCCAUAUCUCAGACCCCUGGCUCAGAGCAGAUAUCUACAGUAAAGGUAUCUUCUGAAUUUCAAGACUUGAUGGCCAGUGUGAAGAUUUCAAAUGCAAGUGAUUCACCUUCUGCACAGUUCAAAGAUGAAUCCUCAAAAGAGCCUUUGUCUCCACAGUCAUUUGCAAUGCAAGGAACACUUGUACUUAAAGAAAUGCUUAAGAUCGAAGGAUCUAGCUCUGCUCAGAUGGAUAAAGACAAGACUACUCCAACUGCAACUGCACCAUCUUCUUCCUCCACUAAUACUAGUCACCCAACAAGACGAAGAUCCACUAAAAAACUAGCUGCUCAUAUCAAUAAGCCUCAGGUGUCUGAAUUAUUACAUCAAAACCACACUGCUGAAAAGUCCAACCAGCAACAAGGACCUCUGCAAUCAACUUUAGUAGUAGAGCUGUCUCGUAUUUGUGCAGGGCUUAACUUGUCUCCCCCAGACUUUGGCUUUCUUAAAACUCCACAAGGCAUGACAGUGUGUCAGGUGAAAUUGUCUAAUGGCUUACUUGUGCAUGGACCUCAGUGCCUUUCUGAAAAUGAAGCAAAAGAAAAAGCUGCUUUAUUUGCUCUGCAACGUCUGAGUUCCAUUGGUCCAAGCUUCCCACUGCCACCUCAUGUUUUUUCAAAUGUUCAGCAGAUGAGACCUGCUGUACCAUCUGGGCCUAUACCAGCCAUAUUCGGACAGCAUCCUAGAAAUCUAAUGAUGCAUCCUAAUCCCCAUGCCUUUGGCCCAAUUUGCUGGGGUGCCCCAAUUCAAAUCCAAGGACCACCAUUUUAUAAAGGCCCAUUUUCAGGGAACAGGCUGCCAACUCAAGCUAUUCCCGUUGGAACUCACAACCAAUUUGUACCUCUGCAGGUCACAAAGAAGAGAGUCUCAAACAAAAAGAAUUAUGAAACCAAGGAAAGUGCUGCCUCUGAAUAUGUCAAAACUCAGAGGACUGAACACGCAGAUAAAUUUGAAGUUUUGAACUCUGUUGUGCAAACUGUAUGCACUCCUUCAGUCCCUACAGCCACCCCUCAGGCAUCUAUAGACAAUCAGGACCUCAAAGAUAGUAAAGCCCCAUUUACACCACGACAGACUCGCAGUCAUACUACACCCUCAUCUUCAGGUAGACGGAAACCAAGGAAACUGGCUGUUAACUUUGAUGCAGCAAAAGUGACUGAGCAAUAGCCAUCAGUUCAGCCUGCAGGGAUAUUGGAAAUGGCUAACUUUGUGCAACACCUUUGAAAAGGACUGUAUUAAACAGAAUUAGGAUAUUUUUUUUGUUUUAAUUAUAAGAAGUCUCACCAAUAUUUGUUUUAGAUAUCUUAAAUGUACCUUUUUAUUAAUCAGGAUGCUGGACAUGGAAGAAUGUCAUAUACAUUUACUAUUUUUGUUUCAUUAUAAAAUUGCCAGGAUUUCUUCAGUAUGAAAAAUGUCCUUAAAAGUCGAUAGAUAUCUUGUCCAUUUUUGCAUCUCAGUAUUAAUUGAUAUGCUACUUUACAUGAAUGGUAAGCAGCAGCCUAUCUCCUGAGUUCAUUCCAUUGAUUAAAGACUGUAGGACUCUUACAUUUAGAUCUGUUGAGUGGGAAAUACACACAUUCAUAUUUUCCAGAAAGGUUUUUUGAUUUCUACUUUGUAAUCCUGCCUGAGGAGAAUUGAGCUGAUUGCAUUGCGGAAGCCUUGCAAAAGAUUGUUUUUGUUAGUCUCGAUUGACAUCACUAUUGUCAUUGUUUCAGUUUAGAGGUACGUUUUCUAUCUUAUUCCUUUUAUGUGGUGGAGUCCUUAUUUUAAGAUUUGUUUCAUGUAUUUUGUGGCUUAAAUUUUUUUUUUCUUACUUUUCUUUCUAAGUAUUUUUAAGUACCAGAUCUCAGGUGGUUUAUUCAGACAUUUUCUGAAGUAUCAGUGGGCAAUCACAAAUAAUGGAUUACAUGGAUUGCAAUUUUUCAGAUAUGGGCUUCCAUCCAUUGUUCUGCAGAAUUUAAUGUUGCAAGUAAAAACUGAAAUCACCAGAGAUUUUAAAAUCUUGAAAAAUUAUGAACGUUAUCUACAGGACUUUAUUAUAUAAUGUGCAUGCAAAGAUGAACUUAGAAAUUGCUUUGUGCUGUUUGUUUGAUCUAUUUUUAAUGGCAAUAUUAUUUCAGUGUUUACCAUUAAUAGUACAAUGGAGCAAAAGGAUUCUUUAUUUUCAUCUGUUUUUAAAAGUUUUAUUUAAAGUAAGAAAAGAUCUUUCCAGCAGCUUGCUCUUUUAAAAAUUAUGAUUAUGGAAAUUACCUAUAUGUCUGGUUAAUUUUUAUAUAUAAUUUAUAUAUAUUUAAUAACACUUUGAAAUUAUUUUUGAAGUGUGGCUCUUGACUAAAUAACUGCAAUUUUUUUUAGAUGUUGAUCCAUUGAGUCAUAUUUGCUCAAUUGCUGCUGUUCAGGUAUUUGCACAGUUGACAAAAAUGAACAGCUUUUGUUGGAAUAUGUUUUUAAUUUUUGUAAAUAUUCUGUACAACAGGCAGUAAUAGAGGAUAAAGCACUUUUACAGAUCUGAGUACCAAUAAAAUGUUUAUUUGGAUUAAUAAA